GAGUCCUUGACAGUUUGGAGUCUCCUUAGGGAAAUCUUAAAGGCUGCACGUCGAUUGACUUCUGCUCCGGAAGUCAUCUUCUUUCCUUUUAGUCUUGUGCCUUCGGGACUGGCCGCAGCGUGUCACCUCACUCAUCUCCAGCAUCCUCCUCUCCAAAACGGUAUUCGCGGAUCCUGCCUUCCGCUUUUAUCGUGGGAUUGCGUUCCUCUCGUCUGUGUUUUUACCCGCAGGAGCAAUCAAGUUGAAUGUGCGUAGCCCCUUUUCCGCAACGACCGCCGGCCGCCUGGUGGCGCUACCCCCGUUUGAAAACGGUGGAAACCGAAAAGCGACUGUUGGUUGAAGGCUGGGAUUUGGGGAACGGCUUCCGUUUCCCGGCGCACCGAUACUUCCGGUCGUUUUCGAAUUCUUCUCGCUGUCGUCGUUGGUCCACCUUCGUGUUUCGCUCCUCCGGCGCGACCGUCCGUCGGCUCCGAACCCGGAUGGCGUCUGCGGGCUCGGCGCAGCACGUGGGCGACGUGGAAGAAGAUGCCUCGCAGCUGCUCUUUCCAAAAGAGUUCGAGAAUUCCGAGACGCUGCUGAACUCCGAAGUGCGCAUGUUGCUGGAGCACCGCAAACAGCAGAACGAGAGCGCCGAGGACGAGCAGGAACUGUCGGAGGUCUUCAUGAAGACGCUCAACUACACCGUGCGCUUCAGCCGCUUCAAGAACCGCGAGACCAUCACGGCCGUGCGCAGCCUCCUCUUGCAGAAAAAGCUCCACAAGUUCGAGUUAGCCAGUUUGGCCAACUUGUGUCCCGAAGCGGCGGAGGAAGCCAAGGCCCUGAUCCCCAGUUUGGAAGGCCGCUUCGAAGACGAGGAGCUACAACAGAUUCUAGAUGACAUCCAGACCAAGAGAAGUUUCCAGUACUGACACCACCUAGCGGCCGACCGUCUUCCGCGCCAGUGUUUACUUUUUUUUUUUUUUUUUUUUUAAACCUCUUAGAAAGCUUCUGCUCCCUGCU